GUGUGUGUGUGUAUGUGUGUAGCUUGCUCGUUUGGUUGACAAUCGCGAUGUGAUGUAUAUCCUACAUCAUCGCACGCUGAGAUAUAUUUUCAAGAAGUAUUUUUAAUUUAUAAAUUUAUUAGGCGAUUUGUUUCUAAAUGUUUUCUUAUGUUGUGAAAACUUUUCUCUGUUUUGAUUUCUAAAUAUGUGUAACUUGCCGCCGAAGUUCCAUUCAGUGUGUCGCCUUUGUUUAUCAUUCUGUGGCGAUAAUUGCAGUGAUGUUAAACUCCCAAUAUUCGACCGUGAUAAGGAUAAAUCACGACUUUCCGAGAUGAUAAUGGCUUAUCUAUCGAUAAUGGUUUCUCCAGAAGACAUGUUGCCACAGGUUGUAUGUGGAAGUUGUGCAAGCAAACUUGAUGAAUUUCAUACAUUCAGGGAACUAUCACAUAAAUCUGAAAGAUUAUUGGAACAAUUUCUCCACUAUGCUAACUCACUAUCGGGUCCUAUAGAGGAGGUCCUCAGUAUAACGGCCGACAAACUGGAGGAGAUAAUCAAACCGUUGAACGAUAAUGAGUAUGAUCUGUCAAAAAGUAAAUAUGCAGAAAUCGGCUCCCCUGACUCAACCGAAGAGAUGAAAAACCUCGAGAGCCGACAGGCGGCGGUUACACUGCUACAAAUAAAAAACUACGACCCAACGAAAUACGUUGUCAAACCCGAGACGGAAGAGAACUCGAAUAUAAUGUUCAAAACAGUGAGCCUACCGCCCUCCGAUAGAGCGAGAGAGGUAAUGCACUGUACAACAGUGAUAGAUAUAAUUAGCAAGGCUGUCGCGGUAGCUCAGCGUGAAAACGAGGAAUCUCAGUAUCCGACAAAUUAUGCGGGCGUUACUGACAAUACGCACGCGGCGUCCGAAUAUACUCAAGAAUAUGUGGACGAACAGUAUGCCCAGAAUACUCCCCAAAGCGUCACGAAUCUACCCAAUAACGAGGAGCACAGAGAGAUGGAUCUCUCAUUAUACUCCUGUAAGACAGAGUACGAGAGCGAACAGGGCAGAGAGACUAAUGCCUACACACAUAGAACCAGUGAUAUAUCGCAUAAGGACAAAAUGCAGCAUUUCUAUGCCAGAGCGUGCGUGAGGACAAAGCCGGCGAAGGAGAGUUCGGUGUAUGAGGAUUGUAGUCAAAGCAGUAGCGGCUCAGAUCCGGACAGACUUCAGAUGGACAUAUCGGAGGUGUCGCAGGACGAUCCAGAAGAAACACAAUCUGUGCCGUCUGCGCAGUCAUCGCCAAAACCACCACACGAAACGGAGGAAAAGGACUCAUUAUGGCAUGCUCUACAUAAACAAAACGGUCGUGGUGGUGAAACAACACAGCUUCUAAGGCGACUGAUUAACAGUAAACAUACGGGGAUGACGGUGUCGCCUUUGAGGGGACUCGCUGUACCACUUACUCAAACAUCCAACGGUACCGUUUCACCGAACGGUGAAUGGUCGAGUACUGGUCGUGGUAACAUGGGCGCAGGUGGAACAGCGAGAAGGAAACAGAGUUGUCCAGCUCGAGCUCAGCCCUUGCAGGAUCAACAUCCCACUUGGCCCACUAACACUGAUAAUGAAGCAACAGACACGUCAAACUCAAAUCGCAACCCAUCACAGCGCUUUGAGCUCUCCUGCACCAACUGUGGUACACACACGACCACCAUCUGGCGUCGCGAUGCCAGAGGCGAAAUGGUGUGUAACGCGUGCGGGCUGUAUUACAAACUCCAUGGAGUGCCACGACCUACCGCAAUGCGACGGGACACCAUACAUACUAGACGCCGUCGUCCCAGACAUGAAGCAAAGUCUUCUCGAUCUAGGCGACGAGGAGUCACCGGCGCCAGUACCGAGGUCCCUGAGAGUAGUGAACCAGCUGGUGCGGCACCAGGGGCUCCACCAUCAGAAGGUGCAGAAGAGGCCGUAUUGGCAGCGCUUCGUAGGCAAUUGCAGCCGCACCUCUUAGCCGCCUUACAUGCGCGCACUCGACCAGCACAGAUGGGACGCGGUAUGCCAGAGUAUGACGAGGCGCCAUUAAACCUCGUGGCCAAUCACGUGGCCGAAGAAACGCAUUGACCGCUCACGUAAUCUUUCCGCACCCGUGUACAAACGGCCAGUUACUCAUACCAUAGACUGUUUAUAUUUGGAACCUUUUUAAAGGGCCGUACUUUUUUUUCUUUACGGCCAGGGAUUUAAAAAAAAUCUAUAUGACAUUUCGUUUUUAAAAGCUGUUAUCUGUGGUCCAUCCCGCCUUUUACCGCAUAGCCAAUAGUGUUUUUAUGUAUAAGCAUAGAAUAUAUACGAUCGAAGUGAUAUUCUGUGGCCGAGAAUAUUCUAAAUUCGAACGCCCUUUAAAAAUAGUCCAAGUAUAAACAAGAUUAUUUUAGUAGAUCUGAUAUAAAAUCUUUUUUGUUUUAUAACCUUUUUAAUGAGGUAUAUAUUUUUAUGAAUGUUCCCAUUCGUUUUAUACCAGUAGUGAGUUAAGGCCAGUGUAAGACUAUGAACAUCUAGAAGUACUUAAAUUUGAAAUUAUUCCUACAUCAAAGUAAUAGUAUUCUGGUUAAAUAUAUACUAAAUAUUUUUGUACAUAAGGAGUAUUAUCAAUAGUUAUUUUUUACCAAAAUUCAAAUUUAAGUACUAAUCGAUGAUGACUAUCUGAAAAUUAUGACAAUGAAGUAUUAAUUAAACAGGGCAUUAUUAAAGGCAAAUUAAAUUGCCUUUUGUAUGGGCAGUUAAAAGUAUUGUGUAUAUACGAUAUUAUUCGAACCUGGAUAAGAGGGUACACUGUCAAAUCCCUUAUAAGCUUUAUAGCCGACUUUUAUUGGAUACGGUCACAAAUAAACGUUGUGCAGUUAUCUAUAAAGACAAAUAAAUGAAAUGGUUUGGUUGUACUCGCUUGUUCAGGUUGAUUCAUAAAAAGGUCAAUGACCUUUUGCAUAUUGAGAAUUUAUUGCAUUUGCAAAUGAAAAUUAUUUUUCCGAAUUCCUCAUGUGAUGAGUGAGAAUGAAUUUUGAGAUUAUUUGAUUGGUGAAAUCGGUUCGGGCCGAAGUCCGCGCCUUGCCUUUGCUCUCUUUUCCUUUGAAAUUAUUACGGUUACCUAUUGCAGGAAGCAAGUAUUCAUAUAGAUCUAAGUUGUAUUGUAUAUUGUUUCUUACUUAGAGUAGUGUUUUUUUUAUAUAUAAUUUAUUUUUGCCCCGAUUUUGGUCAGUAUUCGAAUCUCGAUUGAGAAUGUGGUUUUUAAAGCAAUAAACUUUUCGAAUAUAAAUAUUUAGAUAUAGAAUCUCUUUGGAGCAAUAUUACCAUAAUUUCUGUAGAAUAGGGUUUAAUAUUCCGUGUUAAAAUUGAAUUUAGAAAUAAUCUGGUUGAAACCAAAUCGUGGCAUUAUAACCUCAUGGUCAGUUUUGAGCAUUUAAAGAGAUUUCCGUUGUGGGCUGUUUUUCGUAUUCGCCGUCCUAUACUUAACGCCUCUACUUAAUUUAGUUAAUAAUUUAUUUUACGAUCACCCCACGGGCCAGUAGAACAGUCUUUGAGACAUUGUGAUAUAGCUUUGUGCUUUUCUAUACGUAAUUUCUUUGCAGAAUCGUCUAUCGUAUUUAAAAAGCUUUAAAAUUUUUGAGAUUAUCUACCCUCGGAUUGGGAUAUUCGUAGUACUUAGAAUUGUUUUAUACUUUGACAAUAAAUAUGCUCUCUUUGACGCUCUCUUGAUUCCGAGUUAUAUUGAAAUUAUUAUAAGUAGUGUUUAGGGAACGAAAGCAACAUUUUCACUAACAUUGCUGCUCGCAGUAGUGAUACAGUAUUAUUUUAUUCAUUAUUCUGUACAUUUUUUUAUUAUAAGUCCUAUCUAGACCUCACUCGAUCAAAUUCCGUUCGUGCAGCUAUUUUCGAUCUUCCAAUUGGUUAUUUAUUAUUAUUUAGGUUAAUUUAUUACGGUUUAUUGGUAUAACGUGUUAAGUUACUAACGUACCGGUUGUGUAGUGUGCGCUUUCGAACUAACAAACGUGUGUUUGAGAGAAUGGAGCUUCGUCUUAUAAUUUAUGCUGAAAUAUUGUGAUGCAGUGCCGUGGCAAUCAUAGUGGGUUUGUCUAUGUUGAAGGAUGAUUCUUGCCCUUUACAAAAAUUCAAAAGAAGCUAUGUUUGAUCUGUGUUUAGAAGUUUUUUUUGUUAUUACUGUAACCGUUUUCUGUUUGCCAAUGUUACGUCACUGCAUAUGAUGAAUCUCGAUGUUAAAUUCCAUUUAACGUUCACAGCAAUUAAGACUGAAAGCAAAAGUCUCUGAAUUUUUUCCAUUCAAUAUGAAUCGUAAAAGUAUUGUAACCGAAAUGUGAUAUGUGUUGUAGAAUGUAUUUCCCGAAAAGCAAUAAAUUUGUGAUAAUAUGUAGAGAUGGGCAUUUUUGUACGCCUCCUUUGAGAGUACACUGCAUAAUAUUAGAUGUCAAUUAAUGUUUUACUGCGCGGUCGGUUACAACUGAGGUAUAUGAAAACUUGUCGACCCUAAGUUUAUAUUAAUUACAAUCCAUUUAUUGUUUUUGAAUGAAUUUUUGUUAUAAAGUACUAUUAAGAUUUCUAUAAUAUUGGACAUUUAAAGUAUAUAGGAGCUCAGUUGUGCGUCGGUUGUGCGCAGUAAGAAUCAAUUCCAAGUCAAUUUAAAUUAUAAGAAUUUUUCGUUGUAGAUUUCUCACCUUUACUGUUACUAACAUUAACGUCUCAAAUUACGUAUUAAGAGGUAUUAUUAUUGUAUAAAUACUCUUUAAUUAAGCUUAUGGACCAUUUGUUGUUUGAAUAUAAAGUUUCAGCAUAAAUUAUCGGUAUAAUAUUAUACCAGAAACAUUUUCGUCGGAAUACUCAUGAGACAUUAUUAUUGUUGUAUAGAUGAUAAAUAAUGUGACUUACGCAGGGAUGGAUACUUAAAUUAUUAAAAAUUUAACUGAUAUAUUGGCUAUGUAGUGAGUAGAAUAUUUUUUUACAAAUAAAUUAUAGCAGCUA